AUGGCUUGGCCCAAAAUCGUCCGUCGGUUCCAAUCCGUCCCCAAUAACGCUGAUGAAAAUGACUUCUAUGGGCCAUACAACAAGCUUCUUAACUACCUCUUUCCUGUACUCUCCGACUUCACUGUCGUUCCGCAGUAUCAGCAACCUGGCAGUCUACGAGCUCCUGACUGGUUCGUGGAGUUCGAAGUAUUCUUCAAUAAUUACCCUGUUUUUAUCCUGGAGCUGAAGAAACCAACGGAUAUUCGAUAUGUUUCCAAACGCGACGAGGCUGACGAGCAGAUCAGACGUCGACUGGCUGAUUUACGGCGCGAUUGUCCCAUACCAAAACUACAUGCAGUCAGUGCAAUGGGCCCACGACUCUGCUUUUACCAUGUCGACACUACCAAUCCACGCGCUCUAAUUGUCCCGCACGUCAAACCUCGCGAUCCUGAUUUUGUGAAUGAUGCUGCACCUGAGGAGUGGUGGAACUGUGAUGUUCUGAAUAAUGAGGGUGAGGAAAGGUUCCGUGCUGUGGCUGAUGAGAUCAAGCAGGCAUGUGCAGGGCUAUAG